AUGGUCCAGAUUACAUCGUACACCAUCCGAGGCAGUCUGACUGGAGAUGGAACAGAUGCGAUGAAUACAGAAUGCGACUACUCAAGCGCAUACAUUACCCUUCACACAGACACAGAUCUCGUCGGUCACGGAAUGACCUUCACUAUUGGUCGCGGAAACGACAUUGUUUGCGCGGCAAUGAGACAGGUCGCCGAUCGUCUCGUCGGCAAAGAUACCGAGGCCCUGUUUGAGAAUAUGGGCAAGACUUGGGAAUACCUCGUUGCAGAUCCUCAGCUGAGAUGGAUCGGUCCCGAGAAGGGUGUCAUUCAUAUUGCGACGGGUGCUGUCGACAAUGCAUUGUGGGACAUGUACGCUCGCUCUCGCCAAAAGCCUCUGUGGAAGCUCGUCGUCGACAUGUCGCCGGAAGAACUUGUCAAUGCUGCCGCAUUCCGCUACAUCUCCGACGCCAUUACAAAAGAAGAGGCUCUUGAGAUGCUCAAGUCGCGCGCUGCUUCCAAAGCAGAGAGAGAAGAGCGCGUGAGAAAGACUGGCUAUCCCGCAUACGUGACAAGCGCCGGGUGGUUGGGAUACGAUGACGAAAAGGUCAAGCGUCUCACUCUCGAAGCCCUCCACGCAGGCUUCAAUCACUUCAAAAUGAAAGUCGGUGCCAACCGCGAAUCCGAUCUCCGACGAGGCAAAAUCAUCCGGUCCGUGAUCGAUGACCCCGCAAACCUCCCUCCCAACGCCGCACCACGCGACCCUGCAACGCUUGUCGGUAAAAACGCCGGUCCAACAGGAAACGUACUCAUGAUCGACGCCAACCAAGUGUGGGACGUCCCGCAGGCGAUUGACUAUGUGACCUCGCUCCAAGAGAUUCGUCCAUGGUUCAUCGAGGAGCCGACGGCACCAGAUGAUAUUCUCGGACAUGCGGCGAUUCGAAAGGCGCUCAAGCCUUUGGGUAUUGGUGUUGCGACGGGUGAGCAUGCGCACAAUCGAAUGGUCUUCAAGCAAUUGCUCCAGGCGGAGGCGAUUGAUGUCGUUCAAAUUGAUUCGUGUCGUCUCGCUGGUGUCAGCGAAGUCCUGAGCGUCCUCCUCAUGGCCGCCAAGUUUGGGGUCCCCGUCACUCCUCACGCUGGAGGUGUCGGUCUUUGUGAAUAUGUGAUUCACCUGAGCUUGAUUGACUACAUUGCCGUCUCUGGCUCGAUUGACCGAAACGUGCUCGAAUAUGUUGAUCAUCUCCACGAGCACUUUACGUAUCCCUGCUCGAUCAACGCCCAAGGCCACUACAACGUUCCAUCGGAUCCCAAAGAAGGCUACAGUAUCGAGAUGAAGGACAGCAGUUUUGCAGAAUUCGAGUAUCCACAGGGCUCGUACUGGGCCUCGCUUUGUAUUUGGUUCCUUUUGAACUUGACGCUCUCCACGACAACGCCCGGUGCGCCAACGAAGAGUCCUUUCAUCGUCUUCGUAAAAUUUGGUCAACCAUUGGAGAGCAAAAGAAUGUCGCACGGAUACCGUCAACCCCCGAGCAAGAGCGGAGGCCGCAUGCCAACUGAUGAUGGAUGGAAUCAGUCUGGACACUCACAAGGACAUAGAGGAGCUCCUUAUGUCGGCGGUGGAGGACCCGGUGGACCGCCUGGCGCGGCGGGAAUGGCUCCAGGUCGCCUUCUCGAGAUGGCCGACGUCUUCAAGCAAGAGAUUGAAGGCCUUUUGCAUGAUAAUUCAGCACUCAGGAGUCAGAGAGAGGAGUUUGAGGCAAAAGCUGCCGCCCAAAUCGCUGAACUCACAUCAAUCAAAAACAUCGUAGCAGAGCUGGAAACUAAUUACCACAAAGCCAGGCAGGGCUACGAAGAAGAACUACAGAAGCUGCGGUUAGAAAACCAGUCGCUACGCACUGCUGCUGCACAAGCCAAUAACUCCAUCUCCAACGUAGACCGAUCUGCGGGGCCAUCAUACCAAAACGACUACAACCGCGACGAUAGAAACAUCAAGAGGCCUAAACCAAUCAAGGAAUCGGAUCGACAUGAGGUCAUGCCACCUCGAACGCCACAGCCAGAAAUAAGACCCGAUUCGCCCUACGAGUUCCCCGGCUCGUUGUCUCCCAGCGCGCUCCCUGCGAACCUCCGCAACAAUGGCUCAGACUGGUUCGCCAUGCACAACCCGCGUGUUCCGCAAAGACAAUUGCUCGACGUCAAACUCAAGCAUGAGUUUAACCAUGCAUCUGUCGUGUGCUGCGUGCGCUUUUCCAAGGACGGCAAAUAUCUCGCCACUGGGUGUAAUCGGACAGCACAAAUCUACGACGUCUCAUCCGGCGAACGGGUGUGCGAGUUGAUUGAUGACAAGGCGUCGAUGGAAGGAGAUUUGUACAUCCGUAGCGUUUGCUUUAGCCCUGAUGGCAAGUAUCUCGCCACCGGAGCCGAGGACAGACAAAUCAGGGCAAGUGCUUGCACUCGAAUUUGGGAGAUUUCCAAAAAGCGCAUCCGACACUUGUUCGAAGGCCAUGAGCAGGAAAUCUACUCGCUCGACUUUUCGUCGACGGGAAACCUCAUCGUAUCUGGGAGCGGGGACCGUACUGCCCGCAUCUGGAAUCUGGACACGGGGAGCGAGCUCAAGCUUUCGAUCAUGGAUACCAACUCGCCCGAUGGGGACGCUGCCAUGGGCGAAUCUGGCGUUGCAGGAGACGCGGGCGUGACGUCUGUGGCCAUUAGCCCCGACGACCGACUCGUCGCUGCAGGCAGUUUGGAUACAAUUGUGCGCCUUUGGGACGUGCGGACGGGUAAGCUCAUUGACCGUCUGCGUGGACAUCGCGAUAGCGUAUAUUCGGUUGCGUUUACGCCGGAUGGACGUGGACUCGUUUCGGGGAGCUUGGAUAAGACGCUCAAGUAUUGGGAGCUGAACACGGAUGCGCUCCGUGCGUUUGUUGAUGGUGUCCCGCGGCCCAACGAGACGUAUGCACGAUGCAUUCACAAUUUCAUUGGACACAAGGAUUAUGUGCUCAGCGUGGCGAUAUCGCAUGAUGGGCAGUGGAUUGUGUCGGGGAGCAAGGAUCGUGGUGUGCAGUUCUGGGAUACGACGGGGAAUGCGCAUAUGAUGCUCCAGGGACACAAGAAUUCUGUCAUUUCUAUCGACCUCAGCCCGACCGGAGGAUUGCUCGCUACCGGGAGUGGUGACUGGCAAGCGCGAGUGUGGUCCUACUCUACUGUCUAA